CUCUCUCUCCCUGGCGGUCUCUUCCCCGGCGUCACCUGUCUCUCCCCGCACCUCCCCUCCCCGGCAGCGCCGCCUCUCCCCGGCCCGGCUCUCCCUGGCAGCUCGCUUCCAACGCGGCUUCCAGAAGCAAAAUGGAAUCAAAACGACCAACAUAUAUACAGUAGCAUCGUCUUCCUCGUUUGCUCAUCAUCUUCUCAUCUCGUGCCAUUCGCCUUUCAAUUCGCCACCGACACAGAGUCGCCAACCUCCACUCCCUCCCCUCUCCCGUCUCCAAUGAGCGCUGCUCAGUCUCCGCGGCGGCCAUGGCCGCACCUCUCCGACGACCUCCUGUACGAGAUCGUCCGCCGCAUCCCGUGCGAGGUCGACCGCCUCCACAUGAGCCGCGCCUGCCGCUCCUGGCGCGUGGCGCUCACGAAGACCGAGCCCCCGGCGCCGGCGCCGCCGCCCGCGCUCCCGUGGCUCCUCCUCCCGGAAGUCGACGGCGAGCACGGGCUUACCUUCUCCUGCGCCCUCAGCGGCUGGCGCCGCACCCACCCCUUCUUCCUCCCGCACGCGGCGCGCCGCGCCCGCUGCUUCGGUUCGUACGACGGCGCCUGGCUCUUCCUCGCCGUCGAUGGCCAAGGACCCCGAGGUGAAGACCACGUCCUCGUCAACCUCAACAACUUCGAGUACAUCGACCUCCCCAACGCGAUCUUCCACUUCGACUGGAUUGAUCCCGAGAACGUCGACAUCGUCGCCGCCACCCUCUCGCGCGCUCCAACCGAGCAAGGAUGCAUCGUCGCCGGUAUCAUCAAUUCCUUUCUCUCCCACCACCAAAUCGCGUUCUGGCACAUGGGCGAUCGGUUGUUCUCAGAGGCAGAGCAGAUGGUGUGGCUUUCUCCCCUGGAACAAGUGGAGGACCUCCUCUACCUCGAUGAGGACUUCCUUUUCCUCACCGAAGAGGAACACAUUCGUGUGUGCCCAGAGCUAACAAUCUUCCAUGAAUAUCCCGAGCGGAUACUGUGGCGCUUCCAGCGCCGGCGCCGUGGCGAGGAGGAGGAGCAGGUCCUUGCUCGCUACCUCGUGGAAUCCCGAGGGAGUCUGCUCAUGGUGGUCAGACUAGCUAGCGGGCGUUGUCAGAAUUUGCCGACGUCGGAGUUCCGGGUGUUUCAGAAAGAGAAGUUCAGCAAUGGCGAAGAAGAAGAAGAAGAAGACGCGUUUCAGUUUCAUGAGUACUACUGGAGCGAGCUGGACAAGCUCGAAGGCCGGAUGCUGUUCGUCGGACGAGGCUGCUCCAGAUCCUACGAGGCGGCCGAUGGGCACGCCGGCAUGGAGGGCGUCUACUUCUUGGAUGACCGGAGCUUCGUCGAGGCCGCCAUUGGUGAUGCACCCAAGCUGCCGUACCGCUGCAGCGACAACGGCAAAUGGUCGAAAUCACCUUCCCAGUCACAGGGCCAGGUCGAGCGCUGCUUCCCGGAGCGAGGCCAGCCGAGAUCCAAGUACUCGCCUCCAGUUUGGAUUCUCCCUUGAGACGACAGGCUUUGGCAACGUCGUUGAUCGACAGAUCCGGCCAGUUAGUUAGUUUGUGCUGUGAUCAUGCAUACUAAAUUGCUAAUACGUGCUCAAUUCAUGCCUAGCUUCUUGCCGAGUUCGAUGAUGUUCUCAUGUUGCUGAUUAGUACUAAGAUAGAGUGUCCUGCAUCUGUUUGUGGUAUAAGCUGAAAUCGGUAUUUGUUUAGUUCUGAAUUGCUUCAAAUGGCUUGCUGUUGUUUGAUUGUUCA